AUGGAUGCGAAAUGUUUGGAAUUGAGAAAAAUUGGUGGCGAAGAAUCGGGAAAAUUGGUUUGUAAUCCGGAAUUGGUGCGGAAGAAUUGUUUGUGAGUUUUUUUCUGGGUUUUUUUGAGCACCGAAAAUUGAACCCUUGCCACGUGGAUUUUAAUUUUUUUUUAAUGAAUUAAAAAAAAAUUUCAGAAUGAUCUCUCUGGGCGUCAACAAUCAAAUCAACUUCGAAAAACACAUCCAAUCUCUAACCAACUUCAAAUGUCAAAUAAUCGGAGUCGACUCAAAACUCCAAGAUUUCACAACAUCUCAAGAAUACGCGAAAAUCGGUGGCAAACUACUAUUCAAAAAAAUCGCCGUCAAUUUUCCAAUCGUCGAAAUCUUCUCGUCGAAAAAAAAUCUGAUCGGAAGAAAAAUGAAAAUCGUCGAAUUCCUAAAAAUCGAUAUUGGUGGCCAUGAGCAUUUUUUGCUUGCACCGUUUUUAAAACAAUUUCAAGUUUGUCAAAUAUUUCUUCAAAUUCAUGGAAAACCUUUGGAGCAUUUCGAGUUAAUCGAGACGAUUCGAAAACUUGGUUUCAAAUUAUUUUCAUUCGAGCGAAGUUCAAAAUGUGUAACUUGCUGUGAUUAUAGCUUUGUCAAUGAGAAAUGUAUGUUUCGGUAUGAAGUUGGAAAUUUGGAAUAA